AUGCAAGAACGGUGUACUAAAUUCGAAACCCUUUUUGACAGCUUCGAUGAAAUUCAGUCAGAAAUUGAAUGUGAAUCAGAUAAUCCAGAAGCAUGCUAUGCAGAAAGAGAGGAUUUUGAAACCAAGUUCUAUCUUCAGCUCUCAAGAGCUAAAUGUUUAUUAGAAUCACAAAGUAAUCUCAGUAACAACAUUCCUCACAACAAUGAUGAUCACAAUGAUGACACUAAAUCACAACAAUCUGAAUCUGAUACGCAAUCAAUUUCAGAGCAAUCAGUUUACACACAAGGUCAGGCCACUCAUGUUAUUCAGUCACAAAAUGAUGGCUUCAAACUGCCUGAUGUAGAUUUACCAAAAUUCAAUGGCGAAUAUGAGUCUUGGAUGGAGUUUCGGGAACCUUCGAGUCCAUGA